AUGCCCAUGUCUAGGAAAAAAACGUGCGUCCAGUGCAGAAAGGCAAAAGCGCGCUGCAGCCUGACUCUCCCCCGCUGCACUCGAUGCAUCGACAAGGGCUUCUCGUGCGAAUACGCCGCCGUCACGAUGCCGCGCAUGGCCCCUUACUCGAUCAUGAGUACUGCCGAUAAUGGCCGAUCCGGGAGCCUGCAUGAUGGCGUUACGGAUUUCCGCAGCGUCCCCGCCAAGCACGGAACAACGCAGCUUGGUCUUCCUCCGGAUCCAGAAGUUGCUCCUCUCAGCGAAUCCAUGGCAAUGCCCACCCAGCCGCCUCCUCCUGAGGCCGAUGCGCCGGUCCUGGCCCCGUCUGUGGACUCUUCUGAUACCUGGACGGCCACAAUGCAAGCUGAUCUCGGUCUCGGGGCUGAUAUAGCAUUUACCAUAGCGUCCAUGAUAGAGCCUUGUCAAAAUGUCAUGAGAUUCAUGGGCAACGUCGACAUGAACAUGAGUCAUGAUGCGGCUGUUGCAGAGGCCGACGACGCUCACCUUCGUGACCCCAUCAACGCCUCAGGCACUCAUUCAGACGUCCUCGCCCACGACUCUUCGUCUUGCAUGCUCACCAGCCGCCGCGGCCUCACUGCAAAUGCAAUCCUUGCAACAAAGACAAUCUUUGGCCAGGUGAGCGCUUAUCCCGCUUUGAUGGUCAGCGGCCUUUCCCUCCCUCCCUUUAUCCACAGCAAAUGUGCUCUGGAUGACAGCUCGACAUAUAAUUGUGCAAAAGCACAAAGGCACGAGUGUCUAGGAAAGACAUUAAGUAUCUGCGCGGCUCUGGUAGGCAUGUGGCUGGAGAGAACCCCGGCUAGCAGUCCUUAUAUAUGGGAGACGAUAUACAAAGAGAUUGCCAGACUGGAUAGCGAGUAUGAGUCCUUUGAUAUGGAGACAUCGCUCGAGUCCAUGCAGGCCAUGACGAUGUACAUGCUACUCCAAGCACAAGACACAGCCACAAUAGUUAGAAACGACGUCAGGUUUCUUCUCGCUGCAUUAAUGCAUUGUUGCCGAAAAGUACACAACACCGUGGAGUACAAUACAUUCGUUGACACUCCCGACAACCCUCUGGAUCGCAAAACGUGGGCUCUUUAUGAAGCCACACGAAGAACAGUAUGUCUCGUCUAUACCGUAGAAGUAUUCCUCGAAAUCAGAUUUCGCCAGCAAGACUUCCGCAGCUGCCAAAAAUUCGCCAAUGCCCCCCUCCCCUGUAUCCGCGAUCUCUGGGAAGUCCCCUCCACGUUUGAAUGGAAGAAGCGAUACAAUGCUUUUCUCCGCGGCAGGUCUGCUGACAAGAUCCUCACUCUGUCUGAUUACAAGCUGUCGCAGCAGUUGUCUGCUGAGGAGCUUGUCAGCAGCACAACCGCUGGUGAUAACUAUGGAAGUAUAACAAAGGACGUGUUGAGGUGGUGCGAAGGGUUGGAUCAGCUUGGGACGUUGAUUACCCUGGCGUCUUCACUUAUCAAGUAUGAAAUGGAAUCGUCAGAAAUAGCAGUCGGCUUCUUCAAAGGCUCAUAA